UGAGGCAGUAAAAUACCGUGAAAGCUACAAUUGGCUCUCUUUCCUGCGAAAUGAAAAAACGGCGAACGGAACCCUAUCGUUUUAUCGGAAAUUAAAAACGGAGAGAAAGAUCGACGGUCGAAGAUGUUUCAACCGUCGAUUUUCGAAGUCAGGUCGACUUGUAACGCCAAGUCAGAUUGCUGGAUAUAUCUGCAUAGACGGGUUGAAUUCUGAAGAUUCAAAGAUACUUAAAUCUGUUGUAUUUAAAAACUUUACCGAGCGUGAGCCCAGCUAUAGAAAGCUCCAUAAUAUCCCGUUGUAGACCGGAACAAACUGACACUCAGGGUGUAUAUUUCAUUCCUUUUAAGAUUAGUUCAUCUAUAUAAUCUUUUCGAGAUAUAAUCUAAACCUAAAACCCUGAUGGCGGCCGCUCUGGAAGAAGCUAAUGCUUACCAGAUCGAUUUAGGAAAUUUAAUGGUGUUUGAUUCAGGGGAUCCUGGCGCUUCCACUAAGUCUUCACGGGAAGAAAUUGUGAAUGAAUGCCUGGAGAAAGGCACGAAGCUUGUUCAGGCACUCGCAAAUAAGCUUUUCACCCUACCCUCUAUCCCUGACAGAGAAGGACCACUUGUUCAACUGCCACCGCCAACAACUCCACUUCCCCGUGAAAAGCACCUUCCAAGACCACAACCCCCAACAAAAUGGGAAGUUUUUGCUCAAAAGAAAGGUAUCAAGAAGCGCAAAAGAAGCAAGUCUGUAUAUGAUGAGCAGUCUGGAGAUUGGAAACGUAGGCAUGGUUACAAAAGUGCCGUAGAUGAAGAUGCUAUCCCAAUUAUUGAAGCAAAACCUUCUGAUGAACCUGGUGAAGAUCCCUUUGGUCGUAGAAAAGGUAAAAAGAAAGAACAGAUUCAGAAGAAUCAAAAGAAUCAGGUAGAGAACCUGAAAAAGGCAGCAAAAGUUGAUGCUCUACCAAGUACUGUUCAACUAGCAGCAAUGAGCCUACCUAUAACAGGGACAAAGGACACCCCUAUGAAAGUAGGCAAACAUGAAUUAGGUUAUGCGGCAGGCCUUGCAAGCUCUUCAACUGCCAGUAUUGGGAAAUUUGAUAAGAAGCUUCCAGGGGAGAAAGUUCCAAAACACCCUGGGAAGCAUCGUAAGUUUCUACCAGUUGUGGAAGGAUCAGGAAUUGGAAAUCUGGAAAAGCAGCAGAGUGAUAAAAUUUUGCAGAAAGUGCUCUCCAGUCAUAAUCAUGAUAUACUUGACAUCAACAAGGCUGUAACUGUUUUUAAUGUAAAAAAAGAAAGAGAUGCUCAUAAAACACACAAGGAUGGAGGCCAUUCUAAAGCAUCUAAUCGGAAUAGACACAUUUCAAAGAGGAAAUCUGUUAAUAAGGGUCAACAGAAAGAACGAGGCCGGAAGAAGUGAAAAUACAAAAUUUUCAUUGAAACAACAAUGAAAUUUUUUUAUGCAAACGAGGAAAAGAUUAGGACUAGUAUGAUUAAUCAAACAUGUAUUGCAAAUGUAGCUAAUAGCUAUCUGCAGUUUUGUAUUGUAUCAAUUGAUUCUUGUCUCAUCAUGUCUUUAUCGUUUUUGAGGAUUGAAGACAGAUGAAUAUUUGGGCCAUUGGCCCUAUAUGGCAUGGCUCAUAGGGGUAAUUUUGGAAACGGACAAAAUGAACCCUUGGUUUUGUCUGAGUGAUAAAUCUAAAUGGUAAAAUCUUUAGAUGUACGAAAUAUUUCCAUUUCAAAUUUGUUAAGUAAUCUGGACAUUGGUCCUAUAUGUCAA